AUGGCUUGUGAGCCAUCAAUUUUGGGAUGUGAUGAUUAUUCGUUAUUCGUCGCACAACGUCCGCGUCUCUUUCUUCCGUUAGGUCGUGACGUGGAAUCCCACAGCCCCCCUCCACCACCAAGUCUCGUUCGACAACUGGCCCCGCUUGGCGAACAUUCCUCUAGGUCCAACAAGAGUAGCCUAUCAGCCGCAGGCACAAUCUCAUGCUAUGCUGUUGAGCAUUUAACUCAUGAUGACUCCCCGGAUUUGGAGGGCGGCAACGCGGUCGCCGCGCUUCAAGGGGCCGCGCCGCUGUGCAGUCUCGUUCAGCGCGGCGACUCGGAGGCCUCCGUUGGUAACGCCGCCGAUCUGUCGCUGUCGCAUCCAAUGCGACAAAGUUUUUCGCACAGCGACGCCGGCGACCGCGAGGAAGAUUCGCCGGGCGAGGACUUCCACUCGUGGGUUGCGACGUCGCAGUGUCGCGCGGAACGGAGAGGCGGCGGAGGCGCAGCGAGGAAAGCGGCGGGGAAGGGGGCGGGGAAAGCGGCGCAGCCGGCAGGGCCACGGUCACCCUUCACGGCCGGCGCAGCGGCUGCGGCGAUUGCUGCCGCGGUGGCGGAGGCGCAGCAAGAAGACGAACAGCUCGGCAUUGGAUGUGCGAUGGCCAGUUGCGGUACUGCUACUGCUACUACUACUGCUAAUGCCACUGGCAGAAGCAGUGCUUCUCUGAGCACCAGCGGGCGGCGCAUGUCUAUAAACCGGCGACGAAACGCCAUGGAUUAUUCUGAGCUUGACGCUGUGCGAGAGAGGCUGAAGCAGGCAGCAAGCAUGUGGGCGAUUGCUACCCCAAAUUGCGACGAGGACGACGGCGCAGACAGCGAGAGCAGCGACGGCAGCGAUGAUGGCGACGAUACUAGCGACGCUGACGCUGCUACUAGUAGAGACGGCAGGGCCCUGUGGGGGAGCAGCAGCGAGGAGGCUUCUUCUGGCGCUGGGACCUCCGGUGAAGAAUCGCCUGCGGAGCAAAUCUGCGUGCGAGCAGGCCUCCGCAAAUCGGUGGACCAGCAACAGCAGCAGAAGGAGCAGCAGCAGCAGCUGCAGCAGCGGCAGCAGCAGCAGCAGCAGCAGCAGGGAAUGGGCAUGACCCAGAGACGGAGUGCCAGCGCUCUGUGGCAGCUGCUGCUGCCAGGUGCAAGGCGGUAG